UGCAGGAUCAGCUACGUGGAUCCCGUGAGCAGCGUCAGGAGCCGUCGGGAGAACCUUUACCACAAGUGGUUCUUCUGGUGUGAAUGUAGCCUCUGUGAGAACCAGGAGAGAACCAGGAUGGAGAAUUCCAUCAUGUGUGAGAAUGCUGAGUGCCGGGCACCUAUAUACAUCCCUGAGACGGGUGAGGGCCAGGCACCAGCGGUGCCACAAGCGGCUUCAAAAGACGGACACCAGGAGACUUCGACGAAGGAGACGACUGCUAGACAGUGGCAGUGGAGGAUGCUGAGAGACCAACAGAGGAACACACCGGCAGAAGGAGACCAGCAGAAGGUGUCGAGCAGGGAAGUCCAGCAGGAGGGAGAGUUGAGCGAGGAGAGACAGCAAGAGCCAGUAUGCAGCGAGUGUGGGUGUUCAGUCAGCAGCGCCACCCUCAGGAGAUAUCAAGAUGCCGUCGAUUUCACGAAGGAGAAACUCAAAUCUAUGAGCGAGGAAGAUCCCAACGUGGAGGAGUGUCUGGAAAUGAUAGAGAAGCAAGGCAGCAUCUUCCAUCCCUUCAACGUGUGGAGAUUUCGAACGCUGGACUUUGCUUUCAACGUGGCUGUCUUCAACGGGUUCUGGAGCCGCGCCCUGGCCUACGGCGAGGAGAAUCUCAAAGGGAUGAGGUACUGCUAUGGCUCCGACCAUCCCACCUUCUGCCUGUUCCUCUUCAAGCUGGGUAAGGCCAAGAUAUACUUCAAGGAGUUCCGAGAAGGUCUUCGUCUGCUGGAGGAAGCUGAGCCUCAGCUUAAAAUUGCCCUGGGACCUGACCACUACAUUCUUGAAGACCUGAAUGUCGUGAGUCUUCUGGCCAAUGAGGACGUAGAGAUCUGCAUGGAGCGCCGUAACGAGGCCUACAGGAAGCAGAACGAGGUUGAAAUGGAGGCCAAGGACAGAAAGAAGACAGAGAAGAAGCAACUCCAGAUCUUCAACACCAUUACCUUGCUGGGUUCGACAGUAACAAUGGAUCAGAAGAGCUCUCUAUAGUACCCCCUUAAUUUUAACGUUUUCUCUCGUGAUCUGAUUUUAGUACAAUCUCCUAGAAAUUCAUUUAAUAUUUUAAUGAUAGACUUUUAAGGACUUGUACAUCCCGACAAGUUUAGUAGAAAAUUGUUCAUUAGAACGGGUCGUGGGCACUCUUUUCAUCAGAGCACUGUCAGCGUACUCCUCUCACAUACUGAGUGGCCAUGGUUCAGUUCCCGGCACAGGUGGAAACGUUGGGCAUGUUUCCUUACACCUACUGUCCCUGGUCACCUAGCAGUAAGUAGGUACUUGGGUGUUAGCCGACUAAUGUGGGUGGCAUCCUGGGAGUUAAGAUUAAAGGACCAUAAUAGAAAUAAGACAGACAGUCCUCGAUGACCCACUGACAUUACUGGGUUAUCCUGGGUGGCUGACUCUCAGGGUUUAAAAUCCAAAGAAAAUCUUAACAUGGGAAUUGUUUCCUAUAUAUCAUCACUCGUAUAUUUCCAUUUAUUAUCUUAAUAUCUGUACCGGCUGGUAUUUCUGCUGUUGAUUAUUACUGCUGCUACUACUACAGUUACUAGUAAUGUUACUACCAAAUACUACAACUGAAGCCACUACCUGUAAUCCUGUUACUACUGUGUGCUACUGCUAUUGUUGUUGUUGUUGUUGUUGCUGCUGCUUCUACUACUACUGAGGAGAGAUAUUCAGUCAUACAAAGUAGCUGAAGGUUGCUCACAGUGCAUAUAUUGUCUAUGUCUGAACACUAAAUACAUAUAUGGGAUAAUAUUUAAUUGAAUCCUAGGUAUUUUCUGCUCACUGGACAAUAUAACACUGUUGAUGCUGCUUCUGCUGUUGCUGCGGCUGCUCCUGCUGCUGUUAUUAUUACUAGUUUAAACUAUUCUGUGGUUAUUUUCUACACAGGUGUGAUGUAUGUCAGCGUCUCCGAGGUCAGUUCUUGCAUACAUCUUUGAAUUAUUUCCAUAAGAAUACUAUGAUCUGUUAUGUAAUAAUAUCAGAGAGUUAUCCAGUGUGUAUGGACGGCUGUUUGUUUACAAAAUGAAGUAUGUUACGAAAUACCCAUUUUCCUUUCAAAAUAUUAAACUUAAAUAUGCCUUAUAUCUUGCAUUAUAUAGAUUGUAACACUUGCUAUAUAUGCAUGCUUUUGUGUAUGUAUAUAAAGAUACAGGUAUAAUGCUCAGUCUGAGGUGUGAGUUACAGUAUAUGGAGAGUAUAUUGGAACACUCCGGCCCCUGUGAGACACAUACCUCAGCUUUCUCCAGGUUAGAUAAGGCAAGGUUUGUCAAGAGGAUAAGUAUUUCCUUACGAGGGCCUUAGUCAUGACCCACAGCUGAAGCUUUUGGUCAUCUGACCGAGGAAUUCCGCUGACAUACCGGUCCACCCCCCCCCCACACACACACCCCCUUUAAAAAUUAUGGUUCAGCUUUCUCCAGUCAACCUGUUCACUUAUGAGUGAAAAUUGACUUUUAUAGCUGGUAAAAUUAGUAUAAGCAAGGAGUUACAAUUAAAUACAUAUCUUGUAAAAAUUUAUUUUUUUAUUUUCGUUGAAAUUUUGAGGUGGUUAAUUUUUUUAAUCCAUAUUGUUGUUAGGUCAGACAAGAAGCCUUAAGCACCAUAACACUGAGCACAAAAUACUUUAAAAUGAUGUUUUAACUUAAUAUUCAGGUCGCGGGGUUUAAGUAUAUUACAUAAAUUCAGUAUACAAGAGUCAUAUUACAGAAUUUUAAUGCACCGAAUAAGUUGUAUACAAAUUACAGAGGUUCACUAAAAGGCCGUCAGUCGUGGACAACGAUCCAGGAGGGAGAGAAACGUUGUUCUCAGGUUCCUUUCCUAAGUGAUGCAGGUUUAAGCUGAAUUGUUCCAGCUACGGUAUUGUGACUUUCUGGUUCUUCAGUACAAAGGUGUAGGUGGAAAAUUUCUGCGACUGUGUAGUCGCGCAGUCCAGCUGUGUCCGCGGAAGCUUUACACGUGAGACAUAAUACCUAUGUAAACACACAGGUGAGUGCAGAUAGAAAGCGUGUAUGUCCUGCACUCAGCAGACGGAGUAUCAAGCCUCCACCACGCCUUGCACUGAAUGAUCCACGUGGGUUUAGCGCUUAACAUGAAUUAUUAAAAUUGAAAUUAAAAAUGUCUGUGUGGUGCAUCGUAGCUACCCAGAGAAUUAUUCUCUGUGAGAGUGAUUGAUGCAUCACGGGAAUGAGUGGAAUUGCUGUCUCAUUUACUAACAACGAUAUUAAGAGAGUUGUGAAACGUCAAGACAUUCUCCUGAAACAAGAAUUAUGUCAAAGGUUCUUGGUAUCCACUUGGAGGGUUCAUCAGUGCCACGGGGACAUAAGAACAUAAGAAAGAAGGAACACUGCAACAGGCCUACUGACCCAUGCGGAGCAGGUCCAUGUCCCCCCCCCCGGAUUAGACCAAUGACCCCCCCCCCGGAUUAGCCCAAUGACCCACCCAGUCCGAUCAUCUCCACUCAAGGAUGGAGUACUGCACCAGACCCAGCAGCACAAGCUAGUCAGGUCCAACUCACACCCACCCACACCCACUAAUGUAUUUAUCUAACCUAUUUUUAAAAAUACACAACGUUUUAGCCUCAAUAACUGUACUCGGGAGUUUGUUCCACUCAUCCACAACUCUAUUACCAAACCAGUGUUUUCCUAUAUCCUUUCUGAAUCUGAAUUUUUACAACUUGAAACCAUUGCUGCGAGUCCUGUCUUGGCUGGAAAUUUUUAGCACGCUAUUUACAUCUCCUUUAUUUAUUCCUGUUUUCCAUUUAUACACCUCGAUCAUAUCCCCCCUAAUUCUACGCCUUUCGAGAGAGUGCAGAUUCAGGGCCUUCAGUCUAUCCUCAUAGUGAAGAUUUCUGAUACAUGGGAUCAUCUUUGUCAUCCUCCUUUGUACGUUUUCCAGAGUAUUUAUAUUCAUUCUGCGAUGAAUGGUUUUGAAAAUCGACAAGUUGAAGAUUGAGACACUUAUGCACCAUAUGGGAAUCUUUAUUUAGGAAACGUUUCGCCACACAGUGGCUUCAUCAGUCCAAUACAAAGCAGAGAGGUGCAAGAAGAGGAGGAGAUUGAGGUA